CAGAGCGGGUAAAAGAGGAGAGGAAUCGAAAAGGUUGGGUUGGAAAAUGGCGGGAAAGAGUGAGCUCUCGCUCUCGGGGAGGGAAACUCGUUGAUAUUUCUCUUCAUCUCGCGCCUCUUAUUCCCAUCGUCGUCUUCCGAUCUCUCACUUCAACGCAAAUGGCCGAAAUCGAAACCCUAGGCAUACUCAUGGACAUCGAAUCCCUCGUAACCGACAAGCUUCAAGUGGUUUCCUACAAGUGGCUAAGUCGCAAUUAUUUGAUAUCUUCGGAUACAGCAAAGAGGUUGCUUCGGGAAUUUGUUGAAAAACAUGAAAGUGGAUUUGAGGUGGUUUAUGCCUUGUCUGGAUGGUUGAAGAAUGAUCCUCAAAGUUACCAUAUUAGGCUUGUUUCUGGUUCAGAACUUACUGAAGCGAAGCAAGAUUUUGAUGGCACCUGCUCCAUUCAAGUUUAUAGCGUUCAAGCUUCCAUUCCAAAGGAUCCAGCCGCACUUUGGAAUGCUGAAUUUGUUCAGGCAGAAGAGCUCUUCAAGCAGCCCUACAGUGUUGACAAUUGUUUGCGAGACAACAGGUUCUGUGGGAUUUCCAAUUCAUAUGUCAAGCGCUGUAUUGAUGGGAUGCCUGCAACCGCUGCAGCUCCUCAGCCAAAAAGUAUAGUGGAUGCAGAAUCAACAAAAAAGAAUACAAUAUGUCAAAAUCCACAACUUCAAAAAGGUGAAAUGCAAAAGCCUAGUCCUAAUGUUGGUCUACAGGUUCCCACUGUGGUUAAAGAAGUCAAAGGUGAAGAUAAUGGUACAAAGUCUUUUCAGCAGGCCUCCAAGCCUACAUCAGACAAAGUAAAGGUUUCUUCCUUACCUGCUAAUAAGAAGAAAGCUCAAAGUGAUAAAACCUCUUUCAACACUGGAGGUUCAUUAACAAAUUUAUGGGGUCGUGUCCCUGCUAAGUCUAAGCUUAGUGACAACUAUGGAGAUGUCAAUCGUGUCGUCGCAAACCCUACUGUAUCUAGUGCAGAGGCACAAAUUUGUGCACACGAAGCGGUACAGAAUGUCAACAGUGAUGAUGAUGACCAAGAUGUAAAUAUCAAAAGGACUCCCAAUGAUAGCGGAAGGAAAAGGAGGGUUGUUCUUGAUUUCUCGGAUGAUGAAGAUUUCGAUGAUGCAGUAAAUUUGGCAUCACCUGAAUAUCCGAAGGGUCAAUCAUGUCUAGAUCAGAAGCAAAACACAGAAUUGCAUAAAGAAAAAGUGAACAAUGAUGAACAACUGAAGGUGGAAGAAAUAAGUGAAUCCAAACAAUCAUCAGUAGGAGAAAAACACCACCAUUCCUCUGCAGAGAAAAAUGAAGUUUGUGCUCAUGAAAAUGACACUAAUGAGAGAGAGAAACCAACCGGUGCUGCUCCAGCUUCACCACCUAAGAGGAAAAAAGUAUUGAGGACAAAAAUUGAUGAGCGUGGGAGAGAAGUAAAUGAGGUGGUUUGGGAGGGUGAAGAGCAGGAACAGAAGAAGGAUGAUGUCGGUUCAAUGAAGAAAUCUGAUCAUAAAGCAGCUGAGGCUACUACUACAAACAGGCCUUCUGCGGCUAAAAAGUCACCAGCUUUGGGCAGUAGUGCUACAAAUCCAGGAGUUAAAGCAGGAGCGAAAAAGGGUGGAAAUGCGACUGGUCCUAAACAGGGAAAUAUUCUUUCCUUUUUCAAGAGGGUUUGAGGAACAUCGAUGGAGCGACUCUGUAAAGGAAUAGUAAUGUAAUAUUUAUGAUCUCUAGCUUUCUUUACUCUCUUUUUGUUCCUUGUUCUAUUGAUGUGGAAUUGAAUUGAAAGAGCAGAUUGUUGAUACAUAUGCAAAGCUAGGAAUUGACGUUGGUUCUCCUGAAA